AUGGCGCUCGACGUCGCCACGACGCUGGCGCGUCUGCCGCAUAAUAGCACCAAGAACGCCCAGGCACAAGUGCAAGAGAUUCUACGAGACACCAGCUCUAAAGUUCCCAUUCUGGUCGCCCUCGAUGACGACCCCACCGGUACACAGACCUGCCAUGGGAUCCCCGUGUUAAUGACCUGGGAGACCAACACGCUGGCGGAGGAAUUGAGACGGACACCCAAGGGGAGCGGCUUCUUCAUCCUUACCAACUCUCGAGCGCUUAUGCCAGGCCCAGCUGAGGAACUGAUCGGCGAGAUUAUCACCAACCUGAAGGCCGCGUCGGCCACGACUGGCGUCCCCUUUGAGAUCGUUCUCCGCAGCGAUUCGACCCUAAGAGGCCACUUUCCCCUCGAGGCGGACGUCGCCCAGCGCAUUCUCGGCCCUGCUGAUGCCUGCCUGCUCUGCCCCUUUUUCUACCAAGGCGGUCGCUAUACGAUCGACGACACGCACUACGUUAUCGAGGGCGACAAGCUUGUCCCGGCAGCAGAGACACCAUUUGCGAAGGAUGCCACAUUUGGCUACAAGAACUCCAACCUCCGGGCAUACGUCGAGGAGAAGAGCCAGGGCCGCAUUCCUGCCAGCGAGGUUGCCUCGCUGAGCCUCGAUACCAUUCGUACAGGCGGGCCCGAUGCCGUCCUCAAGCAAUUGCUCGGCGUGCCCAAGGGGUCGGUAGUGGUCGUCAAUGCGACGUCUGACGAGGACAUCGAUGUCGUGAUCCUAGCGGUGCUGGCGGCCAGCAAGCAAGGCAAGCGGUACCUCUACCGGACCGGCGCCGCCUUUGUCUCGUCCAGGCUCGGCAUUACCCAAAUCCCACCGAUAUCCGCGGCUCAGCUCAACUUUCACCCCAACGUCGGCGGCCUUGUCAUCGCUGGCUCCUACGUACCCAAGACGACCGCGCAGCUCAACAAGCUGAUCGAGGCGAGCGGCGACCGCUUGACUGUCGCCGAGCUUCAGGUCGAGCAGCUGCUCAAAUCAACCCAAGAUGCCGACAUGGUCGUCGCAGAUGCUAUUUCUCUGGCCGAGAAGGAAAUAGCGAGGGGACAAGACGUGCUAGUCAUGACGAGUCGCAAGCUGAUCGUGGGAGCAGACGAGGCCAAGAGUCUGGAGAUUGGAUCCGUGGUGGCCAAGGCAUUGGUCAAGCUCCUCGUCGAACUUAAGACCAAGCCGCGGUACGUCAUUGCAAAGGGAGGUAUCACAUCGUCCGACAUGGCGUCCAAAGGACUGCGUAUGAAGCGCGCAGACAUCGUUGGCCAGGCGGCAGCCGGCGUCCCUCUUUGGAGGUGUGACGAGCCUUCCUCCAAGUGGCCGGGGUUGCCCUACGUUGUAUUUCCUGGCAAUGUCGGCGCAGUAGAUACCCUGUACCAGGUUGUGAAUGACUGGAGGGCAUGA